AUGGUUGAUGAUGUACAGGACGAUUUACAUGUCAAAGGUGCGCUAAAAGCAGCAACGGCUUUUCUAGAAGCGGCAAGGCACCCGGCUCAACGACAAAAGAACCUCGCACCACUUGGAAAGAGCGGAACAUAUCUAUAUACGCCUAUACGUCUCAUCGCUCGCAAAUGGUUCGAAUCUACCCACAAAGUCUCUCCAUGGAAGAAUCUCCCAGUGGAGAGAAACCCCUCAAUGGGCCCUCAUCCAUGCACUCAAGCUGCUGGCACAAAACGAGAAGAGCUACGUGGUUCUGGAUUAGCUACAGAUAUGGGACAGAGUGGUCUCGUUUUCUUAGCUGCAACUGUCAAGCACGAAGUGGGCAUGUUUCCAACUCUCCAAGUUACGACGUCUCGUAUGCUACAAGAACUAGAGCCACACGUUUCCUGGUUGAAGCACAAAGCGCUUUUGUCAUCUCCUCUCAAAUGA